ACACCGGCUGAUUGUCAAAUCAAAUGUAAACACACGUGCAUCGGCACUUCGUGCGAGAAGAACUUUUGUAAACAACACAGCAUUGGACAGAUUAAAAGUGAUUUCUGGCUGCCGUUAGAUACUUAAACAAUUAGAAUAUAAUAUUGUGGCUAAAAAAUGAAUGCGUCUGUAGUUACGGAUGUUGUGAACCUGCAACCUGAACGGGAUAAUCCUAUUUUAUUAAACUUCCAAAAUGCGGAGAUGAGCUACCGGAAGGACACCGCGAUCGAGUGCUACCGGGCGAACGACAUCAACCGGGUGGCUGCCGAGGACCCGGCGAAGCCGUCCGCGAUGGCGUUGCUAUUCACCGACCAGCUAGCCUACCAGGGCUAUCCGGGCGAGGGACUGCCGGACGAUUUGAUGAACACUUUUGUGGCGGUGCGGAACCGAAGGAGUGGCAAGAUGCGCCUCAUACAGGUGGAGCAGUGCCGGAUGCUGAAUGCCUGCUACGAUGACAAUAAGAACAAAACGGCGGCCGAACCCAUCUCGAGAUUCGCGGCAAUCAGGGCCUUCGGGGGCAAAAAGGCGAUCAGAGCCAUCGAGCGGAUCAGCCAGCAGGGUUUCAACGUGGACGUGAUGGAUAGAGUUCUCGGAGGAACGGUGAGAAAUUUUGUGGAAGACAAAGCGCCCGAGGAUAAUGCGUUCGCUAAGAAAAAGGUGGAGGGUGAUCUGCUGCUGGCGAGUAUACGGCCCCCUAGGAACUCGGAUGCGAAAACUGCUUUGGAGCUGUACCAGAUAGAGCAGCUGGUAUCGAAAGCUCUUUUGAACAAUCUGAAAACAGUCGCUCUGGAUAUGAUGAAACGGGAACCCGAGUCGAUCAAAUUGAUCAGUGUAUAUCUGACAAACAAAGUUAAAGCAGCGCUUCAGUGCAAAGAUCCAGAUUCGCGUGAGAACAUUCGCACACUGAGCAUUUGUUUCAUCAUGGACGCUCUCGUCCGGUUGCUCGAGCAGAAGAACCGAAUGCUGGAUAAGGUGACAUUGUCGCCCUUUUCCAAGCACCUGGAUGAGGAUAUAAAGAGGAACUUCUCGCAAAUUAAUCACCACCAGGAGUUGAGGACGAAAUACUCCGAGCAUAAGGCUUUAUUGUACUACCUGGUGAUGGCUUUCAUACUCGAGAAAGGUGUGAUGAAUGUGGAGCAAAUUCACUCCGGGCUGAACAUUUCGAAGAACGAUUUUCUGAAAUUUGCCGCGUUUAUUGGGGGAUCGUACCGAUCUGCCGAUAAUACACUGACACUGAAGCUGACUAGCAAUCCUAUGGUGUCGAAAUCGUCGUUCAGAGGCUCGCGACGGUCCGGAAAGAAAAGAUAAAAAAAAACGAUAUAUUUUGUAACGAAAAAAAAAAAACGUUUUGAAAGAAAA